UGGACUUUGAUCAGCUAACUGUGCACCAGUUCGAGAUUCGCGCGGUGUCGCAAUAAAAACACACCACACGUGUUUGAUCGAGCAAUCGAAGGCCGGGACGUUCGUAAUCGUGUGUAGAGUUCAUGCACAUGUGGCGCUGUGUGUGACGGCUUGAUUUGAUUUUCCUUAUAUUUCAUUUAAAAGAAAAGUAGCAAAAUGUCAAAAGAAUUCUUUUGGGGAGACUCAUUGACGGGUACGAAUAAGGAGGUCAAGUGGAAUCCGUCCCUGGAUGAUGAAGACGAUUUUGACAAUCUGGACAGUGAUGGUAUCCAGCACUUUCUCUUCCUCAAACAGGCAGUCCUUGGAGCAAAUGCCAAGGAAGGGGAAAGGAACGUGGUGGAGAUAGAAACAGAAAACUUUGAUGGAGACAGCGUCAAGCAGCCUCUGUUCUCCCUCAAGCUUGGUCUCAAUGAAAGCAGUCCACUAGACAUUGGUAUCCAGCCACCAGUUACCUUUAUAUUAACAGCCGGUUCUGGGCCAGUCUUCCUCAGUGGACAGCAUAUGAUAGAAAUCAGUGCAGAUGAUGAAGAAGAGUUAGAGGAAGAUGACGAAGAAGAAGAAGAAGAUGAAGUGGAAGUCAACGCAUCUCCAGAUUUCCCGGUCGCAAAGAGCAAAAAGAGACCGCUAUCUACCUCCGAUGGCACUGCUAAAAAGACCAAGAUGGCUAAGUUAGACAAAGAUGCUGACAAGAAAGAAGACGAGGAUGAGGAAGAAGACGACGAAGAAGAAGAUGAAGUAAUGGCAAUGAUGGAGGAUGAUGAGGAUGAUGAAGAUGAUGAGGACUUUGAAGGAGGAGAAGACGAAGAAGAAGAUGAUGAGGAAGAAAGCGAUGAGGAUGAUGAUGAAGACGAUAACGAUGAAGAAGAAGAAGAAGAAGAAGAUGAGGAAUCACCAGAGAAACCCCUCAAGACGAAAGCUAAAGGCAAAAAGGGUCAGAUGAAUGGCACAACGACGGCCAAAGGGGACAACAAACCUAAGGCCAAGGCCAAGACUGAUACAAAACUGGUAAAAGGCAAGGGCAAGAAGAAAGUACUCGCAUUGGAUGAAAUCAAGGGAAAACUUCAAGAGAGCUCAAACGUGCCCAAGAAGGAGGAAAAAUUCAAGAAUUAUGUCCGUUCAGCAUUCCACAUUUCAGAAGCAAAGAAGCUGCAAGAUCUCUGGGGCUGGUUCCGAGCUUCCCUCCAGAAGUGAAUCAAGCUGACUUGCUCCACCUGGGUCCCCCAUGUUUCGAUCCAUCUUUAUGCACUCAGCCGCUAACAACACUCACGGUUAGUCACGGCCAGAAUGCUUCCUCCCUUGUCAAAACUCCUUAAGCCCACAACCCCCCGAACGAAGAACAUUCUUUUCUGUAUGUGUUAUUUUUUUCUUCUUCUUUAUCUUCUUUUUAUACAACUUGAUUUUGCAAGCAAGAAAAAAACCCACAAGUUUGAGGAAAUUAUUUGCAUUGGUAUAGAAGCCCCAAAAUGUGGGAAACAUUUUUGGUUUGUUUCAAACUAUAAUAGAGAUUUAAAGGCAAGUAAUUAUUAUAAUUAAAAGAUUAUCAAGAAUAUGAGAAAUUGUCAGAAGUGCGGAUAUUUUUUUUAUACUUAAAGAUCGAGAGAACUUAUUUACCACAGAUCUUUAUUGUGAUAGUGCCUUUAAGCAAUUUUGUAUGUAUUGAUGAUAAAUUCAAAGAAGUGAUAAACUUCUGUUUACGAGUUCAUAGGUUGAAAAAGAAAAAAAUAAUGACUGGCAGAAAUUUUGGCUGAGCAGCGUACUGAAAAUAUUGUUCAAUAUUAUCUCCUCACAAAAACUUUGAACUUAAGCGACUACUAUGACAUUCGAUCUACAACUUUGUACGGUUAAAAGAAUAUAUUGGCUGGGUGACAUCUCCUAAAAGUUAUAUAAAAGCCUAAUGUUUUGUAUUCAUACGCAUCAGUAACAUGAAUUAUGUUCCCAUAAAGCCUCAGUUAUGUCGAGUUCUUUCCGUAACUGAAUGUUUAAAAAUUGCCAAGAUAUUUUAAGUGUUGAAAUGUCAGUAAAAGUACCAGAAAAGUACAUGUAUUGUCCGUUGAAAUAAACCAUUAUCAUUUUGCAUUGAAUUCGA